AUGUACCAGUCGCUGCAACUGCACGGCCACGCUCCCAGCGAACACACUAUCGGGGGCAAGCAAUACCCGUUCGAAGUGCAUGUUUUGCACAGCGACAAGGACAACAACCUGGCUGUGGUUGGAAUCUUCUUUGACUUGGACCCCCACGACAAACCGAACCCGUUCUUGACUCAAUUUUUUAGCCACUUUCACCACUUGACCAAGCCUGGCGACAACUUUACGCUGACGGCGCUCGACCCGUCGAGUCUCCAUGUGAGCGACAGCAAUAUAUUUCAGUACCAUGGCUCGCUCACCACGGAGCCGUUCACGGAAGGUGUCGAGUGGAAUGUGUUACAAAAGGUGCAGACCCUGUCUAAGGCGCAAUUGAAGCAGUGGUCCAAUGUCAUUCAUCACCCCGAUCCUCGUGAAAUCCAAGCCCUGAACGGACGCGUGGUGACCUUGCUUACCAAGGCCCAGUCGGUGUGCUAG